AUGGUCCAACGGUGCCUGGAGCACGCGCGGACGCAGGAGCUUUUGGUACCCUCCAAGGAGAGGAUGCGGCUGCCGCGUCCUACCGCUCAUUCCCCGUCCUCUGCCCACCCCGAGCGUUCCGAGGGGAGCCGCGUGGUUAGCGCGGCACGGAACCCCGACGGUUCCCGCUACCGUGCCGGGGGCGCGUGCGCCUGCAGCGGCACCACGGUGGAUUGCCACGGUACGGCCCUGAGAGCCGUGCCCAAGAGCAUCCCCCGCGGCACCGAGCGCCUGGAGCUCAAUGGCAACAACAUCACACGUAUCCACAAGAAUGACUUCUCCGGACUGAAGCAGCUCCGUGUCCUGCAGCUGAUGGAAAACCAGAUCAGUGUGGUGGAACGUGGGGCGUUUGAUGACAUGAAGGAGCUGGAGCGGCUACGGCUAAACCGCAACCAGCUACACACCCUGCCGGAGCUCCUCUUCCAGCACAACCAGGCUCUGUCCAGGCUGGACCUGAGCGAGAACUUCAUUCAGGCCAUCCCCAGGAAAGCUUUCCGUGGGGCCACAGACCUCAAGAACCUGCAACUGGACAAGAACCAGAUCAGCUGCAUAGAAGAUGGGGCUUUCCGGGCCCUGCGGGGGCUGGAAGUCCUGACGCUGAACAACAACAACAUCACGUCCAUCCCCGUCUCCAGCUUCAACCACAUGCCCAAACUGCGGACGUUCCGCCUGCACUCCAACCACCUGUUCUGCGAUUGCCACCUGGCCUGGCUGGCACAGUGGCUCCGCCAGCGGCCCACCAUCGGGCUCUUCACGCAGUGCGCGGCCCCGGCACAGCUCCGCGGCCUCAACGUGGCUGAGAUCCAGAAGAAUGAGUUCAGCUGCUCUGGACAAGCAGAUGGAGCGCACGCACAGCUCUGCAGCUUGUCCUCUGGCUCCUGCCCGGCCAUGUGCACCUGCAGCAACGGCAUCGUGGACUGUCGGGGCAAGGGGCUGACGGCCAUCCCUGCCAACCUGCCUGAGACCAUGACAGAGAUACGCCUGGAGCUCAAUGGCAUCAAGUCCAUCCCCCCAGGUGCCUUCUCCCCCUACAAGAAGCUUCGUCGGAUAGACCUGAGCAACAACCAGAUCUCGGAGAUCGCCCCAGAUGCCUUCCAGGGUCUGCGCUCGCUCAACUCGCUGGUGCUGUAUGGCAACAAGAUCACCGACCUCCCCAAGGGCGUCUUCGGGGGACUUUUUGCCCUGCAGCUGCUGCUCCUCAAUGCCAACAAGAUCAACUGCGUGCGGGCAGAUGCCUUUCAGGACUUGCAGAACCUCUCGCUGCUCUCGCUGUAUGACAACAAGAUCCAGAGCCUGGCCAAGGGCACCUUCACCUCACUGCGUGCCAUCCAGACCCUGCACCUGGCUCAAAACCCCUUUGUCUGCGACUGCAACCUGAAGUGGUUGGCGGAUUUCCUCCGUGCCAACCCCAUUGAGACCAGCGGUGCCCGCUGUGCCAGCCCCCGGCGCCUGGCCAACAAGCGCAUCGGGCAGAUCAAGAGCAAGAAGUUCCGCUGCUCAGCCAAAGAGCAGUAUUUCAUCCCAGGGACAGAGGAUUACCAGCUGAACAGUGAGUGCAACAGUGACGUGGUGUGCCCUCCGAAGUGCCGCUGUGAGGCUGGCGUGGUGGAGUGCUCCAACUUGAAGCUCACUAAGAUCCCAGAGCGCAUCCCGCAGUCCACAGCUGAGCUGCGCCUGAACAACAACGAAAUCUCCAUCCUGGAGGCCACAGGCAUCUUCAAGAAGCUGCCUCACCUGAAGAAAAUCAACCUCAGCAACAACAAGGUGUCAGAGAUCGAGGAUGGGGCAUUCGAGGGGGCCGCAUCAGUCAGUGAACUGCACCUCACCGUCAACCAGCUGGAGUCAGUGAGGAGCGGCAUGUUCCGGGGACUGGACGGGCUGAGGACAUUGAUGCUGAGGAACAACCGCAUCAGCUGCAUCCACAACGACAGCUUCACGGGGCUGCGCAACGUGCGCCUGCUCUCGCUGUACGACAACCAGAUCAGCACCAUCGCACCGGGUGCCUUUGACACGCUGCAGUCCCUUUCCACACUGAACCUGCUGGCCAACCCCUUCAACUGCAACUGCCAGCUGGCCUGGCUGGGGGAUUGGCUGCGCAAGAGGAAGAUCGUGACGGGGAACCCGCGGUGCCAACACCCCGACUUCCUCCGGCAGAUCCCGCUGCAGGACGUGGCCUUCCCUGACUUCAGGUGUGAGGAAGGUCAGGAGGAGACGAGUUGCAUCCCACGGCCCCAGUGCCCUCAGGAGUGCACCUGCCUCGACACUGUGGUGCGCUGCAGCAACAAGCACCUCAAGGUCCUGCCCAGGGGUAUCCCCAAGAAUGUCACCGAGCUCUACCUGGAUGGAAAUCAGUUCACCCAGGUGCCAGGACAGCUCUCCACCUUCAAGUACCUGCAGCUGGUUGAUCUGAGCAACAACAAGAUCAGCUCACUGAGCAACUCCUCCUUCACCAACAUGAGCCAGCUCACCACCCUGAUCCUCAGCUACAACUCCCUGCAGUGCAUCCCUCCGCUGGCCUUUGAGGGCCUCCGCUCCCUGCGGCUGCUGUCUCUCCAUGGCAAUGACAUCUCCACCCUCCCCGAGGGCAUCUUCGCGGAUGUCACCUCACUGUCUCACCUAGCCAUCGGGGCCAACCCACUGUACUGCAGCUGCAACCUGCGCUGGCUCUCCAGCUGGGUGAAGACAGGCUACAAGGAGCCGGGCAUUGCCCGCUGUGCCGGGCCCCCAGACAUGGAGGGCAAGCUGCUGCUCACCACCCCCAAGAAGUUUGAGUGCCAAGGGCCCCCAGCCCUGAGUGUCCAGGCCAAGUGCAACCCCUGCCUCUCCAGCCCCUGCCGCAACCAGGGCACCUGCCACAACGACCCGCUCGGCUCCUACCGCUGCGCCUGCCCCAUCGGCUACAAGGGCAGGGAUUGCGAGGUGGCGUUGGAUGGCUGCUCUCAAAACCCCUGUGCCAACGGGGGCACCUGCCAGCCCCAGGAUGUGGACAGGGACAGUUUCAGGUGCCUGUGUGCAGCAGGCUUCGAGGGCCCAAACUGCCACAUCACCAGUGACCCCUGCAAGGAGCACAACUGUGAGAAUGGGGGCUCCUGUGUGUCAGGUGCCACCAACUACACCUGCCUGUGCCCUGCUCACUACACAGGGGAUUUCUGUGAGCAGCCACCAGAUUUCUGCUCAGCCGAGCUCAGCCCGUGCCAGCAUGACUCCACGUGCAUCCCCACCAGCCAGGGGCCCAGGUGCGAGUGCGCACCCGGUUACGUGGGGGCCAACUGCAGCGAGGACUUCGAUGACUGCCAGGACCACCGGUGCCAGAACAACGCUCGCUGCGUGGACGAGGUGAAUGGCUACUCCUGCCUCUGCGCCGAGGGUUACAGUGGACAGCUGUGCGAGAUGCCGCCCCGUGCCACUGGGCAGCCCGGGCUCUGCGAGCGUGCCGAGUGCCAGAACGGGGCGGCCUGUGUGGAGCGGGGCUCCCGUGCCCUCUGCCAGUGCCUGCCUGGCUUUGGUGGCCCCAAGUGUGAGAAGCUGCUGAGCGUCAACUUCGUGGAUCGUGACACAUACCUGCAGUUCACUGACCUGCAGGACUGGCCCCGGGCCAACAUCACCCUGCAGGUCUCCACGGCUGAGGACAACGGCAUUCUGCUGUACAACGGUGACAGCGAUCACAUGGCUGUAGAACUGUACCAAGGCCAUGUCAGGGUCAGUUAUGACCCCGGCACUCACCCCAGCUCAGCCAUAUACAGUGCCGAGACCAUCAAUGAUGGGCAGUUCCACACCGUGGAGCUGGUGACCUUUGACCAGAUGGUGAACCUCUCCAUUGAUGGCGGCAGCCCCAUGACUAUGGACAACUCGGGCAAGCACUACACGCUGAACAGCGAGGCCCCGCUCUAUGUUGGGGGGAUGCCCGUGGAUGUCAACUCAGCCGCCUUCCGCCUCUGGCAGCUCCUCAACGGCACCAGCUUCCAUGGCUGCAUCCGCAACCUCUACAUCAACAACGAGUUGCAGGACUUCACCAAGACGCGGAUGACGCCCGGUGUGGUGCCAGGCUGCGAGCCCUGCCGCAAGCUGUACUGCCUGCACGGUAUCUGCCAGCCCACCGGCGCCCAGGGACCCAUCUGCCAUUGCGAGCCUGGCUGGGAUGGGCCCCACUGUGACCAACCCCGCGGCGGCCCCUGCCAGGGGCACAAGUGUGUGCACGGACUCUGCCUGCCCCUCGACGCCCUCUCCUACAGCUGCCAGUGCCACGAGGGCUACCAGGGUGCCCUGUGCAACCAGCCCAGCACUCCGCCCGACCCCUGCCGUCUCCUGCCCUGCCACCACGGCCGCUGCCGCCUCACCCCGGGCGGCCAGCCCGUAUGCGAGUGUCACAGCGGCUACAGCGGGGCCCUGUGCGACCAAGAGCCCGAGUGCCACGGGGAGCCGGUGCGGGACUACCACCAGGUGCAGAGGGGCUACGCCAUCUGCCAGACCACGCGGCCGGUGCCCUACGUGCAGUGCCGGGGAACGUGCGGCGGUGACACCGACACCGGCUGCUGCAUCGGGCUGCGGCCGCGGCGCAGGAAAUACGCCUUCGAGUGCAGCAACGGCGCGACUUUCGUGGAGGAGGUGGAGAAGCCCAGCAAGUGUGGCUGCAGCCCGUGCCUCUGAGCGCCAGGGUGCGGGGGCUGCUGCGGACAGCAGGGGGGCAGUGAGGAGCCCCCGGCACCAGGAGCUCGCUCUGCCCUGUAGCCAGGGGCCGGGAUGUUGCCAAAGCCCAGCGCAGUUCCCACCACUCGGAGGAGCCCAUCGGGGCUGGAGGAGGAUAGACGUGUUGCAUCUAGAGGGUUGCAAAACA